GUCCCCUUCGGGGUGACAUACGUAAAAAUUGGAACGAUACAGAGAAGAUUAGCAUGGCCCCUGCACAAGGAUGACACGCUUUUCCAGAGUGGUAGACCUACGGGUCUCAAUAUUUAUUGCUUCUUUUUUACCUUGUAUUUUAUCUUUGCUUCUCGAGGGCCUCUGAGGAGUGCACCCCAAAGCUCAGGGCAUGGCUCAUAG